CCCCGCGUAACCUCGGCUUCUUCCGUUUUAGGCCUAACGCCUUUCUUCUCUCCCGACAGACAAACGCGCCAAGAUUCCGCAGAAAAAUCAUCCAAACAGGUCCGUUCCGUCCCCACUAAAAAAAAGAAGAAAAAAAAAACACGAAAAAUGGACGCCUCCGCCCUCCUCCUCCGCCAAGGCUGGCGCGGCACCGGCCACUCCCUCGACGCAUCCAACCGCGGCAUCGCAAAACCGCUCCUCAUCUCCCACAAGCAAGACCAGCUGGGGCUCGGCAAGAAGAAGGCAGCGCACAUGGCGGACGAUCAGUGGUGGAUGAGGGCUUUUGACGAGAGCUUGAAGAACAUUGGGACGACGGAGAAGAAGAGCACGUUGACGGAGGUUAGGGAGAAGGGCAUCAAUCGCGGUGGGCUGUAUGGGUUUUUUGUGAGGGGGGAGGGGUUGAGGGGGACUGUUGGGGUUGUGGAGGGGGUUGUGGAGGGGGAGGGGAAGAAGAGGAAGAGGGGAGAUGACGAGGGGGAUGUGGAGGUUGCGAUGGACACGCAGAAGAAGGCUAGAAAGACGGAUAAGAAAGCGAAGGAAUCUUCGUCUGCGGAAUCCGCGACGACAACGACAACGCAGACACAGAACGCGAUACAAACCCCCAUCGGCCCCCUCUCACCCCCGCAAACAUCAACCCUCCGCACCUUUCUCAAACGCGCCGAGAAAUCCUUACACACGACUAUCCGCGGCCAGGAGAAAAAAGGCACUUUCGGCGUCUUUGGCGCGCGCGCUACAAAAGCCGUCAAGGCGGCCCGCAAGAAAAAAUCAGAAGAAGCGUUUAAAUCGCUGCGCAAGGAAAAAAUCGUCGCGGCCAUGAUCAAAGGCACGAUACCGAAUCCCAGGGGGUGGGACGAAUACGAGUUAAAAGGACCGAAAUGGCGAGAUGUAGAAAGGACGUGCAAUAUCGUUCUCGCGUCGAGGGAGGGCACGGAUCUGGCGAAGCUGUUUGGGUUGGGUGAUGUCGUAGCCCUUUCUUCUUCUUCUUCUUCGAGCUCGGCAACCGAAACAUCGACGCCCGCCGACGACACAAAAACCACAAAAUCGAAAUCGAAAUCGAAAUCGAAAUCAUCGUCCAAAUCUUCUUCUAAAUCCUCGACCACGCCGUCGUCGGACUCUGAAGACCACGACGCUAACAUUGGCGAUGCAGCGCUGGUGUCGGACCUCGCGGUCGCGGCCAAACUCGCCAAAUUAUCCGAUCAAGAGCGUCAGUCGUAUGCUGCGCGCGCGGCGGGGAAAGGGCAGAGUCUGGAAACGUACGUUCAGAGGCGCAUUGUUAAGAAGAGCGAGAAAGCUGCAAAGAGGAAAAGUAGUCAUAGUAGUAGGAAAACUAAGCAGUAAAUAAAUUCAAUAAAUCAAUCUUUUGUUUUUUUUUCUUCUCUCUCUCUCUCUCUCUUUUCAUCUUACUUGUUCAUAAUCUCGCGUACUGCUAUCUUCUCUUUUGUUCCCCUCUCCCUAUUUUUGUUUUUGUUCCCUUUUCUUCGCUCAAUUAUGUCUGCUUUGAGCGCGUGGAAUUAAUAGCCCGCCCAUACCAUAUCAUAUCAAAUCAGUCAAAGCCAAAGCACACACCCCCCCCCCCCCCCUCCUUCCCCCCUAUUUUAUAUAUACAUAAGCAUCUAUCCCAACAUUCGCCCUUCUUUUUUUUUUCUUUUCCAUCCAACUCAUCCCUACCUUCACAACAGAGAAGAAAUACGAAGAGAGAGAAGAUAGGCGUUUAGUAAAAAAUUGUAUGUACGUUAUUAGGUAAGGUACUUACUUAAGCUUUUCCUACCCUGUCAAGCUUCCUUCUCCCGCUAUAUGAUAGAUCUUAGGAGAUUGUUCAACUUGGCGAAAACACCUAAUAUAGAUAAUAGACAACACGCUUCUGUGUAUAUCUAUCUAUUUAUUUUUAUUUAACGUCUUGAGAAAGGGGUGGGCUACAUUUUUUUUUUUUUGAGAUUCUGGUAAAGGGUAAGGUAACAAUAAUAACGACUUUUAUAUAUCUCCAACUCUCUAUAUAUAUAUAUAUAUAAAUCUUGUUAUUCCUAGCUGUUAAACUUCUGAUAAAUUCAUACUAAACUUCUGAUAAACGCUUGAAAUAACCGACCAAUCAUACCCCCUUGACCCGCCCGCUCUGGAUGCGGUAAGCCUUCCGUCCCCAUAUCAAUCUCUACUAUACCUAUUUGUGAUGGGAUCCUCCGGGU